AUGAUAAAGAGGAUGGUCUUGUUGAAGAUGCUGUGCUUUAGUCUUGGAUGGUUCAUGUCACACACAGAAGGCAUGUUUGUUGGAUCUCAUUUCUGUUCAUUCAAUGGUUCGACUUGUAAUUUCUUCUGUCUGGGCAACAACGUCCAUGAGAUGCCAAGACAUAUACCGGAAAACACCACUUUUGUGGAGAUCAAACUGACUGAGAUCAGCGUGUUUCACCGAGCAGCCCUGUCUGAACUACAUAAGCUGAAGAGAAUAGUGGUGUCCGAGAAUGGUGCUCUUGAGCGAAUUGAAGCCUUUGCUUUCUCUAACCUGACAGAGCUACAGGAAAUAACUAUUACAAAAUCAAAAAACCUUGUGAUGCACAAAGAUGCCUUCUGGAGACUUCCAAAGCUACGGUAUCUGACUAUAUCAAACACUGGUCUUAAAGUCCUGCCUGAUUUCUCCAAGAUCAACUCUGCUGCUCUUGAAUUUCUAUUUGAUCUACAAGAUAACAUGCACAUAGAUAGGAUUCCUAGUAACGCUUUCCUUGGAUUGACCAGUGCCACCAUAACUGAGCUGAGACUAACAAAGAAUGGGAUCCGUGCGAUAGACAGCUAUGCAUUCAAUGGUACCAGAAUUGAAAAACUCUUUCUCAUGGGAAACCAGCAGCUGAGUCAUAUCCACAGAUACGCCUUUAUAGGAGCUGAAGGCCCCAUCGUUCUAGACAUCUCACAUACUGCUGUCCACACCCUGCCAGAAAACAUGCUGCGGACUCUUAAGCUUCUGAUGGCCAUCUCUGUCUACUCUCUAAAGAGGCUUCCCAGCCUGGAGCUAUUUACUGAGCUCACGCAGGCCAACCUGACCUACCCCAGCCACUGCUGUGCCUUCAAAAACUUCAAGAAGCACAAGUCUGUGAAGAAUCAAAUGUGUAACGAUUCUGGUGCCCUCCUCCAAGAGCCAUACUUUUUUGAAGACCACUGUAAGGAUGUAAUAGAAGUGACCUGCUACCCCACACCAGAUGCAUUCAACCCCUGCGAGGACAUCAUGGGUUUUACGUUCCUGCGGGUUCUGAUCUGGUUCAUAAGUAUAUUGGCCAUCGUGGGCAACUGUGCUGUCCUCCUGGUGCUCCUUUCGAGUCGCUACAAACUGACUGUUCCCAGGUUUUUAAUGUGCCACCUGGCAUUUGCAGACCUUUGCAUGGGCAUUUACCUGUUGAUCAUCGCUGCCAAGGACAUUCACACACAGUCCCGCUACUACAACUAUGGCAUCGACUGGCAGACGGGAGCUGGGUGCCAUGUGGCAGGCUUCUUCACAGUCUUCUCCAGCGAGCUGUCUGUUUACACUCUGACUGCCAUUACCCUGGAGCGCUGGCACACCAUCACUUACGCCAUGCAGCGGGAACGCCAGAUGCGCCUGCGCCAUGCCUGUGCAAUAAUGGCAGCUGGGUGGCUUUUCGCCCUGCUUACUGCUCUGAUGCCCGUUUUUGGAGUGAGUAGCUACAAGAAGACCAGCAUCUGUCUGCCAAUGGAUGUAGAAACAGUGAUUUCACAAGGUUACGUGGUGCUGUUGCUCCUACUCAAUGUAGCUGCUUUUCUAAUCGUAUGUGUCUGUUAUAUGCGCAUCUACCUUACCGUCCACAAUCCCACCUUCGUUCCUGCCAAUGCGGACAUGCGUAUAGCAAAGCGCAUGGCUGUGCUCAUCUUCACUGACUUCCUGUGUAUGGCUCCCAUCUCGUUUUUUGCCAUCUCCGCAGCCUUAAAACUACCGCUAAUCACAGUUUCUCACGCCAAAGUCUUGCUAGUGCUUUUUUACCCCAUAAAUUCCUGCUCUAACCCGUUUCUCUACGCCUUCUUCACCAAAACCUUCAAGAGGGAUUUCUUCAUUCUGACUAGCCAAUUCGGCUGCUUUAAAACACGUGCGCACAUUUACCGCACAGAGAUCUCUUCGGGGCAAAACGGAGCCAAGGUGCCUUCACCAAAGACUAGUGAUGGAACACUGUAUUCCCUGGGUCACAUCGCCCAAGUGUACUGA